UCUGGUACCUGAUGUGCCUUGGACGAUGAAGCAUCCGCAUCAAGUCACUCGGGCCGACUGAUCGGUCAAAAACUCUACUUUGGAGAAUGAUCGACCGCCAAUCUCGGGGUCGGGCCCGAGAUCUCGGUCAUAAUUUAAGAGCCGAGGAUUAAACUCCGACACUCCCGGCUUUUGUGGAUAUCUGCCUUAAAUUGAUGAUUCUGGACUCCGAGCAUAUGGAGCAGGGUCUCUCGGCCGUGAGCUCGCAGUCCCCAAUUGGCAUGGCGGCGGGUGUGGCAGAAUUCUGCACGAUUCUUGAAGAAUUCCAGAACAGGUGGCGAGCGCUUAUCCACGAAAUGACCGGGGUAGUUUCAAGAUAAGCUUAUUUGGGCCUGCAGAACUAGUAUAAGUCCAG